AUGGUAGUUUUACAUGAAUACAAGGUAAAGGAUAUAAAACGAAGUUUAGAUAGAUCUUUAAAUUGUACUUUGGAAAAUAAGUUCUGUAAGAAUAUUAUUUCUAACAAAGAAAAACGAGAUAUUAGUGAUUCUUCAGAUUUACCGAAAAGAAAGUUAAGUAGCAGGCAACUAAUAGAAGUCCUUAGACAUCUGAACAUACAAGUUCAUAGGGCAAUCCUAGAUGACUGUGAAAAAUUACUUGAGUAUUGUUUCAUGUCUGAAAAAAAUCAAUCUAAUAAUAAUAAGGGUAACAUAUUUCAUGUGGGGAUGGAAAACUUAGCAGCAAAAAGGAUAAAUGAUUUGUGUCCAUCUAUUCAAAGUAUAAUAGAUUAUGUUUGUAGUACCCACUUCCCUCCUAAAAUAUUACAUGGUGAAGCUUGGAAUUUAAAUAAAAGUAUUAUACAGAUAAACAUGUCUAAAUAUCCUCUUUAUAGAUCAGUUGAAAAAGAUGGAUCCCGUAGCCUUUUCAUGGUUUUAGAUAUGGAUGAAACUCUAGUCCAUUGUAGCUUUGAAAUACUAGAAAAUGGGAUGGAACCAGAUUUAUUAGUUGAUAUAAUCCCCUUUAGUUCUCCUUGGUGUGUUUAUUUUCGGCCUUACCUUCAAUUAUUUUUACAGUAUGCUUCAUAUUUGGGAGAUUUGUGUAUCUUUACUGCUAGCACGAAAACUUAUGCGGAAAAAGUUCUAAAGUCCAUUGAUCCUAAUGGUAAAUAUAUUAGAUACAAACUUUUCAGAGAACAUUGUACAGUUUAUAAAAAAGGAUAUAUGAAAGAUCUGAGGAUUUUUGAAGGUGUAAACAUGGGGAAAACAGUACUAAUUGAUAAUUCCUUAAUAAGCAGUACCUUACAGUUAGAUAAUGCAAUUCCAGUAGAUAGUUGGUAUGGAAACCCAAAUGAUAAAGAGUUACUGAAGUUAUUAGUUCUACUAAAUAAAUUAUACUGUUUGGAUGAUGUCAGACCAUAUUUGGCAAGACGGUAUGGAUUUAGACAAUGGGCCAACUAUCACAGAGCUAAGGAUUCUUUGGGACCAAUAUAA